UUUGAAGAACUGAAAAUUUGAGCGUGGAUGAUGAGUUGAAUAAGAUGAGGGUUUGUCCUUGAAAUUCUCCCAAUUUUAUCUUCCUCCUUCACUCACUCCUCUCCCUGUUUUCUUUCCCAAAUCCCACAUUCCUUCUCAUCCUCACAAUCAUAAAAUAUUCAAUACCUUUCUCUCUCUCUUUCUUACUCAAUAAAUUAACAAUUCCACAGCGAAAUUUGUACUCUUUCUUUCAUUUCAAACGCACUUUUUCCCCUCUUUUUGUCUCUCUAUACCUCUUUCUCUAGAUUUAGAGCUUGUAUUGGAUUGGAUUUCAUCUGGGUUCUUCACGAACUGUCUAAAUUCUGUAGCUUUUUUGAAUUCUUUACAAAUUUACACAUGUCUGGUAGUAGUGGAAGUGCGAUCUUCAAAUGGAAGAAGUUGAAAGCAAUGAAGCUACUCUGUUUCUCAAAUCAUAAUUUCCGUUUGACCCAGAUUUCCCCCAUUUCGACCCAUCUCAAUUAUCUUCAUGUUUCCGGUCAUCGCCGGCGGGAAUCGUUUAUCGGCGUUCAGGAACGGUAUAAAUGGGACAACGGCGGGUCCGGUUCUGAUGAUUUCCAUUCACAGUCCAACAUUACAGGUACACCAAUCCGUAAGAUUCGGGCCGAGGCUAAUUGCCCACGUUGUUCUAAGCAUAUGGAUAUUCUCUUCUCUAACCGCCAUUUCCCAACCCUCAAUCUUCCUUCUUCCUCUUCUGGUGAUGCUCCUCCCAAGGCUGGAGGAGGAAGAGAAGCUUACGAGGCUGUUAAUUUGUGCCCCAAUUGCAAAACCGCUUACUAUUUCCGUCCUUACAAGAUCGCUCCUCUACAAGGUAGUUUCAUCGAGAUCGGCAAUCUGAAUUCCAAACCAAAGAAUUCUUCAGAGAGAAGGAUCACUACCAAAGAUGGUAAAGGUAAUGCCAUCGCUGGUUUUUCAGAUGAAAAUUAUGUGAAUAAUAGGCUGAGAGUUUCGUUUUUCGAAACUGCGAGAUCUUUUGGUGGAGAACCGCCUGAGAAUUGGCCUCCUGGACCGCCUCCCGUUAAUGGGUUGGCGGUGCAUUCUCCUCCAGGUCCGCCAUUUGCUCCUGGUGUGAACUUCGUUCGUGCUACAGGUCCUAAUGGAAGCACUUCGGGUUCUGGUGGAAAUGGCGCUGGUGAUGGGAAAAAGAACGAGUGGGGAGGAUCGAAUUUGGGGAAGGAUCUGCCCACUCCAAAAGAGAUUUGCAAGGGCUUGGACAAAUUUGUUAUUGGCCAAGAAAAAGCCAAGAAGGUACUUUCUGUGGCCGUACAUAACCAUUACAAACGAAUAUAUCAUGCUUCCUUGCAAAAAGGUAGGUCAGGAAAUGAAUCAGGUACCCAAGAUACGGUUGAUGAUGAUGAUAGUGUGGAGUUGGAAAAGAGCAAUGUUCUCUUGAUGGGCCCAACAGGCUCUGGUAAGACACUCCUUGCAAAGACCUUGGCUCGAUUUGUGAAUGUGCCAUUUGUCCUUGCUGAUGCUACAACUUUAACACAGGCUGGUUAUGUUGGAGAAGACGUUGAAUCAAUUUUGUACAAGCUACUUGCUGCAGCAGAAUUCAAUGUACAAGCAGCUCAACAGGGGAUGAUUUACAUUGAUGAAGUUGACAAGAUAACAAAGAAGGCUGAGAGUCUAAAUAUUAGCAGAGAUGUUUCUGGUGAGGGUGUUCAACAGGCAUUAUUGAAGAUGCUAGAAGGAACCAUAGUAAAUGUUCCUGAGAAGGGGUCACGGAAACAUCCUCGUGGAGAUAACAUUCAGAUAGAUACAAAAGAUAUUUUGUUUAUAUGUGGUGGAGCAUUCGUAGAUCUAGAAAAGACAAUCUCUGAUAGACGACAAGAUUCUUCUAUUGGUUUCGGAGCACCUGUUCGUGCUAACAUGAGAAUUGGUGGGGCAACAAGCGCGGCGGUUACAUCAUCAUUACUGGAAUCUGUCGAGAGUUCUGAUCUUAUAGCAUAUGGUCUCAUACCAGAGUUUAUAGGCCGUUUUCCAAUUCUUGUUAGUUUAUUAGCCUUAACUGAGGACCAGCUUGUCCAGGUCCUCACUGAACCAAAGAACGCUCUUGGUAAGCAGUACAAGAAGUUGUUUGGCAUGAAUAAAGUAAAGCUACAUUACACAGAAAAAGCACUAAGAAUGAUUGCCAAGAAAGCAAUUGCCAAGAAUACUGGUGCCAGAGGCUUACGAGCCAUACUGGAAAGCAUUCUUACAGAAGCGAUGUAUGAGAUUCCUGAUGUUAAGACUGGAAUCGAAAGAGUAGACGCCGUUGUCGUUGAUGAAGAGUCCGUUGGCCCUCUAAACUCGAGAGGAUGCGGAGGGAAAAUCCUUCGUGGGGAUGGAGCAUUGGAACGCUAUCUAGCUGAAACCAAGUUGAAAGAAUCACAGGAAAAUUUGGAGGUGGUUGAGUUGCAAGAAGGCGAGACAGAACUGUCAUCAAGAGCCAUGAGUAUAUAGAAACCGUCAAGAUAACCACUUUGAUUCUCAUGAAAUACAUUUUUCCCUUUUUUGGUUUAUGUUUUUCUUUUUCUUGUGGGAAAAAAAUAAAUACAUUCAUAAUAUAUGGUGUAAUUAUUUCAUUGUAACACCAACAUAGCUCAGGUUAAGGUCAUUGUAUUAGGGAAGAUCAAAGGAAAAAAAAAUGCAUUCAUCAUUUAGGCUAACACGUCAUCAAUGUCGAAAUAAUGUGUAAAAUGAAAAAGAAAUAGCUGAGAUGUCUUUUAAUUAAUUUUUGAUUGAAUUACAAAGUUAGUCAUUGAGAUUUGA